AUGUUUUACAGUUGCGACGGAACCUACGACGACGGCUUCAGGUAUGCCAGCAAACAAAGACUGCAGUUUAAAUGUGAACCAUAUCCUGCAAUAAGAAUUUUUCAAGGACCCAAAGAAGAGUACAGAUGCUUAUUUGUUGGUGAUUUAUACAAUUUCGGAAAUAACACGGAAAUUUAUGACAAAGAAACAGAGUUCAUUGCUGAGCUGGCAUAUGAGUUCUUUGAGGAUAAGAGAAUAACAGCAAUUGGAGGAGUAUGGGCCUAUGGAUACACUGCUUUUCCGGAGGCUCCAGACCUCAGCAAGAUGGAGAACACAUUCAGCGCUUUUCUGAAAGAUUUAGACAAAAUGGAUUAUACUAAUGUCUCAGAUGCUCUGAAUACCACUAAAGCAAUCGAUGUUAUCAAUAAGGUGAAACAAAACGGUACACAAGUGAACUGCCUUGUUUUCUUCUCUGCACAGAAGGAAACAAGCUCUUUGCCUAAGUUGGAACCGGAGAACGAGGAUAUCAAACGAAUAAUCGGAGUAGGCUUAGCUGGUAAUAUUUUAUUUUUAUUCAAUUUUACUAUAAAAGUAGAUCUGUUAACUAUUAUGCGCCGAUGGAACCACAUUAGCUGCGCAUACCAAAUUGACUUCCUGAAACCAGGACCUUCAUUGUCACUGGAUUUGGGACUUUUGAUUUUGAAGUGA